AAAAAAAACCAACAAACACAACAACUCGAACUCCGAAGGGGGUGGAAUGAGUGAUGUCACAGAGCCGAGCAGCGAGGCUGACAAAGGGUGGGCGCCCCUCCCCCUCUGCCCGGCUCGGCCCAGGGGAGGGGCGCCCCCGGAGCCCGCGGACUCGAAACUUUUCCUCUUUAAGAAAAAAAAGUUUUGCGCCGCUCCGAGUGCUUUUUUUUUUUUCCGCCUUCUUUCCUCGUCUCCCUCCCCCUUCUUCCUUUUGAAAGUUUCUUUCCUCCCCCUUUACCCCUCCCUCCCUCUUGACCGCAUGGCUGAUUCAACCUCAGUGUCAAUCAACUUUUUUUCCGCCUCCUCUUCUUCAUUUAAAUACGUUUAUAAAGCUCCUCCUUCCACCCCCCCAACCCACCAAAUUUAUAAAUUGGGCUUUGCGCGCCGCAGCCCGGGAGAGUCAGAAAGGCGAGGGGCGCCGGGAGCAGGCGUGUGGGACUCCUGACCGGAGAGCCGGAGGCUGCGCCUUCCCCGCACCGGGACCUUCACGACACACCAGAUCCUAGUCCUUGUCCCGUGCGAACGCCCACGAUGACCACCACCCUCGUGUCCGCCACCAUUUUCGACUUGAGCGAAGUUUUAUGCAAGGGUAACAAGAUGCUCAACUACAGCACUCCCAGCGCUGGGGGCUGCCUGCUGGACAGGAAGGCAGUGGGCACCCCUGCUGGCGGGGGCUUCCCUCGCAGGCACUCGGUCACUCUGCCCAGCUCCAAGUUCCAUCAGAACCAGCUUCUCAGCAGCCUUAAGGGUGAGCCGGCCCCGUCCCUGAGCUCACGCGACAGCCGCUUUCGAGACCGCUCUUUCUCCGAAGGGGGCGAGCGGCUGCUGCCCACCCAGAAGCAGCCUGGGAGCGGCCAGGUCAACUCCAGCCGCUACAAGACGGAGCUGUGCCGUCCCUUCGAAGAAAACGGUGCCUGUAAGUACGGGGACAAGUGCCAGUUCGCGCAUGGCAUCCACGAGCUCCGCAGCCUGACCCGCCACCCCAAGUACAAGACGGAGCUGUGCCGCACCUUCCACACCAUCGGCUUUUGCCCGUACGGGCCCCGCUGCCACUUCAUUCAUAACGCCGAGGAGCGACGCGCCCUGGCGGGGGGCCGGGACCUCUCCGCUGACCGUCCCCGCCUCCAGCAUAGCUUUAGCUUUGCUGGGUUUCCCAGUGCCGCUGCCACCGCCGCUGCCACGGGGCUGCUGGACAGCCCCACAUCCAUCACCCCACCCCCUAUCCUGAGCGCCGAUGACCUCUUGGGCUCACCUACUCUGCCCGAUGGCACCAAUAACCCCUUCGCCUUUUCCAGCCAGGAGCUGGCGAGCCUCUUUGCUCCUAGCAUGGGGCUGCCUGGGGGAGGCUCCCCCACCACUUUCCUCUUCCGGCCCAUGUCCGAAUCCCCUCACAUGUUUGACUCUCCCCCCAGCCCUCAGGAUUCUCUCUCGGACCACGAGGGCUAUCUGAGCAGCUCCAGCUCCAGCCACAGUGGCUCAGACUCCCCUACCUUGGACAACUCAAGACGCCUGCCCAUUUUCAGCAGACUCUCCAUCUCAGAUGACUAAGCCAGGGUAGGGAGGGACCCCCCCCCCUGCCUCCUUCACCUCUCCACCCCAUCUCUUCCCUUCACCUCCCCACCCCCUAACUUUCCCUCAAACCCCACAUUGAUACAUUUAAGCUCAACCCCUUUCCCAGAACCUUGGUAUGUUACCCUCCCCCCACAUAAGGACAAGUCAAUUUGUCGGUAGCUUCUGGCUUGAAACCCUCUCCCUCCAUUUCAUAGCCCACUUAACCACGCAUAACAGAGUUCCAUCUUUUGUCAGUAGAUGCCUUUUUUACCCCCGGCUUAAGCCUUAAGUGCCAAAUCACAAAAGAAAAAAAGCAGUAACCGUUUACAGAAGCAACUUAGUGCCUUGUAAUCUAACUUUGUCACUGUGACUACAUUACCUCUUCAACGCCAGGGGGCACCCGUGGGCCUCCCAGAGCCUCUGCCCGUGGGGUUGGGGGUGGGGGUGGGGUGACCCGCAACCAGCAGCUCCCCCAGCUGGCCACACAAGUGCACCUUUCUUUCGGUCUCCUCUUCCUUAUAGUUACUCACCUCCCUCAGAGAGUUGUUGCUGGACUUGGGGGGGUUUUUGGGGGGAGGGGUCUAUUUUGACUUUCAAAACCUUUUUCUUCCCAGCCCGAACCCCUGUUGACUAAUCUUGCCUGGGUUUGUGUAGGUCUCCAGGGACAAAGGUUGAACAAGUUGGAGGAAGGUUUUGACAUAAGUGGGACUUUGUGAUUUAAUUUCUUUCUUUCUUUUUUUUUUUUUUUAAGUGGGGAGGAAGGGGAAACUAGAUGGACUAUGAGAGACUUGAUUUUGGUGCUAAAGUUCCCCAAUUCAUAUGUGACAUCUUAAAAACGACAACAAAUGAGAGAAAAGCUAAAAACAAAACAAAAAAACAACAAAAAAAAACCUACCAUGUAAGGGGUGAGCAGUUAAUGGUAUGCAUUCCACAUACAAUAUCUGUGUAAAACGAUUUCCUGUAGAAGUAGCUUUAAUGGAUUUUGCUCUAGAAUACCUUAGGUCUACCUUAGAGCCCCCCACACAAUGCUUUUUUCCCUGGGUUUAAACUUCAUCUAACUUUCAGAAAUUGGAGAGCAAAAAUGUUGCUUAUCACUGCACAUCAAUAUAAAAAAGCUUAUUUAACUUAUCAAAACGUAUUUAUUGCCAAACUAUGCUUUUUUUUGUUAAUUUUGUUCAUAUUUAUCGGGAUGACAAAUCCAUAGAAUAUAUUCUUUUAUGUUAAAUUAUGAUCUUCAUAUUAAUCUUAAAAUUUUGUGACGUGUCUUUCCUUUUUUCCACAGUUUUAAUAUAUUAUUCUUCAACAACAUUUUUGUAACUUUACACUUUUUUUGGUUAUUUUAUUUUAAAAAAAUGAAAAAUUAAUUUAAAAAAAUGCAAAAAACUGUUGGAUUAUUUAUUUUAGAAAUUCUCCCCUUUGUGUUGGACUGCAAAUUGAGUUUCUUUCUCCUUAGGCCUUUUCACAGGUAGGACUGAGAAUGUAUGUAUAAUUUCUGUGACAGUACAGAAGGAAAACCACCAUUUAUGUAUAGCUUCUAAAAGGGAAAACAAAAAAAAAGAGAAAAACCCUUUGAAUUCCAUGUGCCCAUCUCAAGACAUUCCGCUCGCAGAUUUGUGGUUCUGGAUUCCAGGUUGGAGUUUUCCAAUGUUGACAUAAACAACUGGCGCACACACAUAAAGAUGAAUGUAAUUAUUAUUCCUCUUGCUGGUCACUACCGUCGCUUUCUAUUUCUCUUUCUUUGUGUGAAUUUAUUUAAAAGAAAAAAAAAACUUUUUGUAACGACUAUUUGCAGUUUAAAAAUCAAUAAACCCCGUUUUUCAAGAAAUGAU